UAUCCAUACUUUUAAUCAGCUAGUCUAUCUACAAUAGAUUGGAUUUAACAAUUUACCUGUUGCGAAUAGUAUCGACAUUUAAAUUUUGGAUAUAUUCAAUUAUCGGAAAAGGAAGAAAAUGAAUACUUUACUUUUCUUGGUGACUUUGUUCGUUGCUGCCUCUGCAUUGGCACAGAAAAGAACGACCCAUGAGAUUCAGAUGAAUUCUGACGUUAAUCCUGAGCUUUACAGAAAAGUGAUCAAACUCGAAGCUCAUAUCGAUGAGUUCAUGGACAUCAUUUGCCCUCAAUACCCGGAAGGGAAAGCGGAAGAUGAGAUGGAACUCUUCUACCUUUACCAGGUCACCGAUAAGAAGGCGUACGAUGUUUGUGCCAUAGAAGCAAAAAAGAACCCAAUACUAUCAUGUGAUUCUCCGGUUUGUCCGACGAAACUCACAAUUAAGUUUCAGAAAAUCAGUCCGUACCCGAUAGGAUUCACUUUUCAAGAAGGAAAGACGUAUUAUUACAUUGGAGUUCCAAAGGGUUACGACCACAAAAAGAAGCAUCACAACCACCCUUGCAACAACUUGAUAAGACUCGAAGUUAAAGUGACAAAAAAGAAAACUAAUUUGAUUAUCCCAGACCUUAAAACUGUAUUCAAGGAGUCGACUACUCUGAGGACAACGACUACAGUCAAGACUACUACUUUAUCUAGAGUUUUAACGACAAGGAAAUCAGUUGCUCGUACGCCAAGUAGUGGCCGACAAUCAGACGGAGGUGGCAACGCUGCAUUACGUAUUCAUUACGUAACACUGAUGACAUCAUUACUAGCACUUCUAACGCUUUACAUCAAUAUGUGACUCUGAUAGAAAAACUUUUGGGACAUGGAGAGCCCUAGAAAAGAUCUGGCGGAGAUAUACGCCUUGAUGAUGAUAGCCACGACAAUCACGCGAAAUCAUUACAGAUUGGAGUGACAGAACCACAAUGAGCAUGCACGCUGCUAAAGCAAUACAAACAUUCCCGGAUGCUGGAAUUGCAUAUACUUUGGUGUACUCACGGUCUCUUUAUAAUUAAGGGAUUGCUAUAAGUUCUCAUCACCUGAUUUGCUGCUUGCCUAAAGACUUGGAAUUGGCGUUCUCUCUAAAGGCAAAUUUACAAAUGAGGACGGCCAGAUGCUCCUCAUCUUUUCAUUUUGAGAGGGUGUUUCCAAAUUGAGGCCAUGGUGUAAUUGUUUUUUGAUAAAUCUGAAAAAUAACAUUUUAACCCUAUGAACCGGCAAAUUCUGAUAAUAUAUUUUUGAUUUUUUUUUUAUGUACAAUAAGCAGGCUAAUAAUACCUUGAUAUAGUAAAUAGCAUUAUGAAUUUUAAGAAUAUCUCAACAAACAUAUUUUUGCCCAAAAUAUCCCGUCAUGUUGAAUACCCCUCACAAAGCGGAAAAAGUCGUUCAAAUGGCGAACAACCAGCUUUAAUAUGACAAAAAUGCUUUAUGUAUAUUUUGACCUAAAAGACUUUGAUAUUUUACUCAAAAAUUUGAAAUUUGUUUCGAAACCAAGGUGUUAUUUUUGUUAUAGACGUCAUAUCAUGAUGACGUAUAUUCAGCAUCACAAAAAUUUAUAUAUAUAUGUUGUAACAAUUUGGCGAUUUGGUUUACAUCAAAAUUUGAAAAUUUUCUCAAUUUUUAUAUCUUUGAAUAAAUGACUUUGUUUUACUUAAACUAUAGUUUAUGAGCGUCGUGCACCUUCAGACAAAAUUCGACAUUUCGUUACCGACUUACUGGCCUACAAUUUCAGCCAAGGUGAACCAAUCAAUUCUAGCCUAAUUUUAUUUUCGUUCAUUUUUUAUUUGCUUCAAAACCAGUAUACAGUUGUUGAAAAAGUUCCAUUGUAACUUUACAUGUUAAUAUAUCAAAUUUGGCAUAUUCCAUUCACUGAAACGUGUCACAUAUUUGCCCACUGAUUUGUAAUAAGCUACUAUGGUUGGAACCAUUGAAACGUUUCUGUAUGGCUCGGGUAGAUAGGGGAAAUAUUUUUGAAUAUUACAUUUUAGAAAAUGAUUGCUUUUGCUUCAUCCUUGGUCCGUAGGCGAUGGAACACAAUCAAAUCAACUAGAAUAAUUCAAACCAAGUAUGUGGCUAUGUGGAGUUACUGUAAAAAACGAGUAACCUUUUAUGAUUUUUUUCAACUUCAAUCACUGUGUUUGAUCGCUAAUUUUUUUUAUCAUUUUAUCGUUUUAUUGAAACUUUUUUACAUAUGUUUUUUUCCAUUUUAUUUUAUUAAUUGCGCAAAAGUAGAACAUAUGGCACUUAUUUAGGUUAAUGGUUUUAUAGCACUACGUUAAGAGACAAGUACGAUUUCCGAACCGGUUGGGUAGUCUUUCGACUAGACUGAAUAAUAGAAGCCCCUACUCCAAACCCAAAACUUAUUUUCCGAAACUCGCUUUGGUUUAAAUCAAGCAAUCCAAAAUCUAAAUCUCCCUAACGGCGGAAUUUAUAGGAAUAAUGUGAAAAGGCUGAAUUUUUGAUCAUUUGCUGCUGCUUAUCUAAAUCAGAAAACUGGUCAGCUUGAAUUGGCUCCCUAUUUUGCUAGGAAUAUUACUUUUGUAAGUUUUUUAUUUGAGUGCAAACCUAAAUUAAAAACCAGAUCAGAUUGAAAACUGCAGUUAUUGCACAGAUCACAUUGAAAUAAAAAAAAGAGCAUAGAAAGAAAGAAAAAAAA